CCCUAUCCUGCGACAGAAUGACCUACGUAAAUGAAGACAGCGUGCUUGGCGUGGGCAUACUAUUUACGCUUCUGGGAACCUUGGCCAUAUCUGGUCGAUUUUAUGUGCAAUAUCGGAGGAAGCAGGUGGGAGUAGAUGAUUGGGUUGCACUCGCAGCAUGGGCUCUGGUGACAGCUGCCGCGGCCCUUAUGAUCACCGGUACCAAGCCCUUUCACCCUCGGCGGUCUGGCAAUGCACCCAAGCUGAUGGACGAGGUGGACAGAUCUUGCUGGAACGGGUGGGCUCAAUCUCCCGUAGUUGGUGUUUUCAAAGCAGCCGUCUAUCAAAAAAUAGUGCUAAUACAUUCCGACGCACAGUUAGAGUUCCCGUUUGACAUCCUCCAAAUCGCAGCUCUCACGGCUCUCAAACUUUCAGUGCUGUUUUUCUAUCGAAGAAUCUUUGUUGGACGUCUCUUCAACAUCGCCAGCUGGACGCUGAUUGGUAUUGUGAUCGCUUGGGGAGCGACGUUUAUCAUUGCACUGAUGUCGUCGUGUGGCACUCAUUUCAUGGCCAAUUUCUCGACACUGGGCGAGGUUGUGGAGCAUUGUAUCAAUACCUUUGGUCUCCUGAUCGCAUUUGCGGUUUCUGAUGUGUUGGUGGAUCUAAUCAUUCUGGCCAUUCCGCUACCUUUGGUGAUGUCUCUUCAUCUUCCGUUGAGGAAGCGUAUCGGAAUCCUUGGGAUCUUCUUCGUCGGAUCCAUUGCGACGGCUUGUGGUAUAGCUCGCAUGGCACUCUUCGCCAGCAUCCUCGGACCCAAAUGUAUGCCUCUUAUUUUGAAUAUCCCAAACGCAACACCUGCAUUACAGUACACUAACACCAUGAUCUUAGUAUUCUCUCACACUACUGUCGGCGGAGUGUCGUCGAACGAUGACAUCGGAAUUGUCAGCAUCCUGAUGUUCUGGGGUAUGCUUGAAAUCGGCGUCGCGAUCGUCGCGAUCUGUCUUCCUAUCAUCUACCGUCUUGCCCGCGACGCAUCGCCCGGCACCUUUCUCGGCAGUCUUCUCAGUCUUGGGUCAUUGCGAGGAUCGAAAACCAGCAAGAAUUCCUCCCUCACUCGCUUGGAAUCCCAACAGGCGCAAGGUAGUCGCUCUAUCCGUCGCCCGGGAUACCUUAGAAGGGUUUUUCUCUUUGGCCCUAGAGGAUGGUCAGAUCGCAGCCUCGUGAAUACUGACAACACUGGGCCGGCGAAGAAGGCUGAUGAUAGCAGUGCCGAUCUGAGGGCACCCCUAAGACCUGCAAAGGCUGGAGGUCGAUGGCCAUCAAUGUGGGAUGAAGAUUCACCCGCUGUGCCUCAGAGUCCGGUACAUACUGUGGCUACCGCCGAAGGGAGACGCAGUCUGAAGCCUGCGAGGGGUCAGAUCUGGGAGUUGCGAGAGAUAAGACAAACUGUUGAGGUGGUAUGAAUCCGCCCUUUUGGGGCACUCUGGACGAUACCUGCC